GCGAAAAUGAUCGCUAGAUAUGGUCCACCAGGGACCUCAGCAAGGUCUCAAGGUUGUUUCGAACCUCGACAAGCCCUAUAAAACCCCCCCAAAAUCCAGUCUAGGAGCAAUUCAAUCUGUGAUGAUUCCCAACACACCCAUCCAGCCCAAUAGACACACACCCCUCACGCACACACCUACAACCAAUCCAUCAUGAACUUCCAAGGAAAAGUCGCCCUUGUCACAGGCGGCUCCAAAGGAAUCGGCAGGGCUGUGUCCCUUGCACUUGCUAAGGCCGGCGCAUCCGUCGCUGUCAACUACAGCUCCGACGCCGGCGCCGCCGAGGAGGUAGUCAAAUGCAUCUCGUCGGGCCCGGGCAAAGCCAUGGCGAUCAAAGCUGAUGUGUCGUCCGUUUCGGGCGUCGAGGAUCUAGUCAGCCAGACCGUGUCCCAUUUCGGGAGGAUCGACGUGCUCGUUGCCAACGCCGGAGUCCUCCCGAUGAAGGAUCUCAAGAGCACGACCGAGGCGGAUUGGGACUCAACCUUUGCGCUGAACGUCAAGGGCCCCUACUUCCUCGCUCAGAAAGCCGUCCCGCACAUGCCCAAGGGAAGCCACAUCAUCCUGACAUCCACGACCCUGUGUGCAGCCUCCACCGUGACACCCCCGUACCUGCUUUACAACUCGACCAAGGGGGCCAUCGAGCAGAUGACCAAGGUCCUGGCCAAGGACCUCGGGCGGCCGGAGGCGGGUGGCAUCCUCGUGAACUGCGUCGCCCCCGGCCCCACGGGAACCGAAUUGUUCUACAAGGGCAAGAGCGAGCAGCUUGUCAACAUGAUCGCAAACUUCAACCCCCAGGCACGCAUUGGCACCCCCGAGGAGAUCGCUGAGGCGGUGCUAUUUUUGGCAGGGUCCACGUGGACGAGCGGACAGAUUCUGCGGGUGAACGGAGGCAUGGCUUAGGCACCCCAGCCUUGGGUUUGUCUCACUUGUCGUGCCACCGUCAUCGGAGGCAGACAGGUGACAGGGCAAAUAUCAUUGACAUGUGGAAUCCGGGUGAGUCAGCAGUGGCAUGCGCGGAGAUGAGGGAGAUAUUGAUAGCUUAUCCAAUAUACAUGAUUACGGUA